UCAUUAAUUAGGAUAAUAAAUAAAAAGGUGAAUUGAUUAAUGAAAGUUAUUAUAAAAAAUCCAAUAAUUCAACAGGAAAAGUAAAGACUUCUGUUAAGCUUUCAACAAACAUUCCUCCGGCUUCUCUCUCCUCCGUUACGCCGCCGUGCCACCGCCGGAGAGACAGAGAUACACACAUACAUAUACAUACACACAUACAUAUACAUAUAAAACUAAAAAGGAGACUUGCUUUCUAGAUGAGAUGACCCACCAUGAUCUUUGAAGUUUGGUCCAACAACACAAUUCAAGGAAAAUUUUUAUAAGCACUAAGAUCUCUUAUUUCCAUAAAUAAAUAAAUAAAUCACAGCUGAAGAUCUGGAAAACUGUGAAUGGAGAAUGGGGCAUUGUUUGAGACUUGCUCAAUUGGUGAUGAUUUUUGCUCUAGUUUAUCCAACUUCUAGCUCAUACAAUUUCGAGCACUGCAAAAAUUCUGUCAAACAAUGGGCGUCUUCUUCCCUUCAGUCAGAUACCAAAGAUGGUCAUAUUCUCAAGGAUUUGUUGUUUUUUCUUCACGUCCCUAGAACCGGAGGGCGAACUUAUUUUCACUGCUUUUUAAAGAAACUGUAUUCUAGUUCUCUAGAAUGCCCAAGAUCUUACGAUAAGUUGCGAUUUGAUCCCCACAAACCAGGUUGCAGGCUAUUGGUUACUCAUGAUGAUUAUAGCAUGAUGUCCAAGCUUCCAGGAGAGAAAACUUCAGUAGUGACAAUUCUAAGGGACCCGAUUGAGCGUGUUUUUAGUGCUUAUGAGUUUUCUAUAGAGGUAGCUGCUAGGUUUUUGGUGCAUCCAAAUUUGACUUCAGUUAUAAAAAUGUCAAACCGGGUGCGCUCAAAAAAUGGUGGUAUAAGCACACUUGAGAUUUGGCCAUGGAAGUAUCUGGUUCCUUGGAUGAGGGAGGAUUUAUUUUCUCGGCGAGACGUUAAAAAAAGAAACGGUCCAUCUUAUGCUCAUGGAAAUGAUUCUUAUGAUAUGGAGGAAAUAGUUAUGCCAUUACAUGAAUACAUUAGUCACCCUGUAGCUAUGGACAUUGUUCACAAUGGUGCCACAUUCCAGGUUGCGGGUUUGACAAAUAAUUCUAAUAUCCAUGAGGCACAUGAACUGCGCCAAUGUGUAAUCACCCAUCAGGUUCUUGGAAAAUAUGUGCUUGAAGUUGCAAAGAGAAGGCUGGACGAUAUGCUGUAUGUCGGAAUCACAGAGGACCACAAAGAAUCUGCCACUAUGUUUGCAAAUGUGGUUGGUGCGCAAGUCAUAUCUCAGUUAUUGGAAUCCGCUGUAAAUAAUGACACAGCAGAACAGGGCCCUUCUGAUUCGAGCAUUGAUACAACUGAUAAUCAGGAUAAUAGUUCAUCAACUACUAAAGCAAAAGGCAAAAAUAUGACUGUGGGAAAACUUAUGGAAACCUAUGAGACCUGCAUUUCUUCCCUAAGAUCAUCCCAAUCACAACGGCGUACUGCUUCUUUGAAAAGGAUCUUCCCAGCAAACUUUACAAAGGAGGCACGACGGCAUAUACCUGAUGCACUCCUCAAAGAGAUUAUAUCUCUGAAUAGUCUUGACAUGGAACUCUACAAAUAUGCCAAGGGAAUUUUUCAAAAGCAGCAUCAACUUAUGGAACAGAAAUUGCAAGAUUCUGUCACACCUGAGAAGUGGCAUGUGAUGCUUACCAAGAUAGACUCUUCAUGGAUAGCCGUUUAUUGUUUUGGUUUCACAUUCUUGGUUUCCUUGAUUUGCUUCUAUAAAAGUGCAAAAAGAAGAAUAUCUAAAAUUAAGGUAUGAAAAUUUUAGUUGAAUGAAGUUAUACCCAAACUGGCAUACAAAGUUAAUAGGAGUUGAAAUUUACCCACAUGCAGUCAAGUGGGCCAAUUUUUCUGAUUUGAACUUCAGUGAUUUAAAUGAGUCUUGCAAUUAACGAUGCGGAAAAUGGAUGUCAAUAUACUUAUGGGUGAUUUUAUAUACUAAUACAUGUUCCUCAA